CGCUCUUGUGGAGCGAAUGCCAGUACACGCCGUGGUACUGUGGACUGUCGUACGCAUCACGCUCGGUCUAGAUAUAUUAUGUCUGUGGUCGUACGCUUGCGCUCGCUCCCACUUAUAUCACACACACCUACGAAGACGGCCUGACGCACGACGGACGCCCGACAUCACCGCGUCAGCCGUUCAGCUCACGUGUCGCACGUCGUUCAAGUCGCAGCGCUCGCCCUACAUGCAGUGUCGCUCGCCCUAUCCGUAACGCUAUGAAAAUCUGGACGUCAGAGCACACCUUCGAUCAUCCCUGGGAGACGGUAGCGCAGGCCGCAUGGAGAAAGUAUCCAAAUCCUAUGGUGCCUUCGGUCAUUGGGGCGGACGUAAUCGACAGAACGGUGGUCAACGGUGUCCUCCAUACCCACAGACUCGUCGUUUCUACCCAAUGGGGCUUUCCUAAAUGGACGCAAGCGUUAAUCGGCUACGCGAACUUGUGUUAUGCCAGCGAACGCAGCGAGGUCGAUCCUGUGAAUAGAGACAUGAUCCUCAGGACGCAUAACUUAACCUUCGGUAAUUAUAUCGCUGUGGACGAAGCUGUCAGAUAUACGCCCCACCCGAACGAUCCCACGAAAACGUUGCUCACGCAAGAGGCGGUGGUCACUGUUCGGGGGGUACCACUCACCAACUAUAUGGAGGACCUCUUAGCAUCAAAAAUUUCCUUCAAUGCGGGCAAAGGCCGACAAGGGUUGCAAUGGGUGAUCAACAAGCUCGAGUCCGAGAUGAAGGAGUUUGCCUGAAAGGCCCGGCCGCCGUCGCGAAACUUCUAAACUGCCGCUAUCAGCACAACACGAGCGCCGGCGUCGAUAGGGAGCGGCAACUUCUAGAUCGAACGAUUACGCGGAUCAGAAGAACAUUAACGUCCCGGGCUUCGUCAGAAACGAGCAGAUGAUUCGCCGCGGGCCAUGUAGAUCGCCUAAUUGAAUUUUGCGAAACUUGUUACUAACCGGUUUGCAGGAACGAACGUUCCCUUUGAAAGGCGAUUGCCUCCGCAACCGUACACUUGGGUCCAGACCUGCAAGGAUCUGCCGGACGGACGAGCGAGACUGAUGUAGAAAUAUGAAAAUACGUAGGUUUAACGGAAACGAACAAGUACAAGAAGGUUGGUGCAGCGAUUGGACGGCAAUAAUUCCAAACGCUUCAACCCGUGCUCACAUACGUUUGUCGACAGACCGCCGACUCGUGAUGUGAGCACGUAUCACGAAUUUACCUUCACUUAGCCAAUUGCAAUGUGCGGACGUCGCACCACAGUUUAGAGAAUUUAAAAACAAAUGCAUACCAAAAAUCUUCUAUCGAGUAUUAGACGUAAUUUCUUUGCAAAAUCCA